AUGGCCGAUUACGGCAACCCGGGCGGUGCAAACCAGACGCACGCCAUCCAGAUCGACACAGACUCCGGCUCGGACUUGGACCAAGGCGAAGCCUUCCACGAGUUCGACUCAGACUCCGAUGGCGGCAUGCAAAUUGACCAGCCCGAAUCCAUCCUCCAGAUCGCCGGGAGCGAGAUCGAGUUUGACGCGCAUGUGAUGGGCCUGGAUCGAGAUGAAUCCGACUUCACCACUCUCGCCCCCGACCCAGCUAGCCACUCCGUAUCGCCUCGUCCAGGAGACAACAAGGACAGAAACCCGCCCGUCCGCAAACGCGUCCGCGAAGAAGACCACGCGGCUCUCGCCGUCCUCAACGACUGGGAACUACUAGUAACAUAUGCCCUGAACUCGCGCCGCACAAUCCCCCAAACCCGCCGCCUGUUCAUGGCCAAACUUCUCGCCGAAACCCCCGAAGCCGAAGACGAGCUCUACGCGGCGCGCUUCGUCGUCCCCGAGUCAAAGUCUGAGCUCAUGUCUGCUGUAUCGUCCGCUAGGGUUCCGCCGGAGUAUGCCCUUGGGAAUUUGAAUUCGAAUGCGUUUCUUGUUCCGGGGGCUUGGAAGGAGAUUGUUAGUCAUGAUGAGGGUGGGUGGUGGACUGGUGCCAGGGGUGCCAGGGGCCAGCAGAAGAGAUCUGUGUCUGGGAGGAGUUCGAGGGAUGCGUCGAGGGAUGGGUCUGGAGUGGAUUGA